AUGUUGAUUCUUACCUUUAUCUUUACCGGACUGGGCCUGGCCUCCGCCAGUCCCACUAGCAUGAGCCAAUCCCUCUUCCCGAGGUCCUCAGUAUCUACCACCGGUACUUGCGGAGCCUACAACGGCACGGCCACCUGCUCAGGCAGCGCCUUCGGCAACUGCUGCUCCCAGUUUGGCUGGUGUGGCGGUGACACUGGCUACUGUGGCUACGGAUGUCAGUCUGAUUAUGGGUCUUGCGGAGUCUCGACCACCCUGACUUGGAAGAGCCUGGGUUGUUACUCGGACAACACGCUCUCCCGCACGCUUAACACCUCCUUGACUGUUUCCGGAGGCACCAUUGAGGCAUGCCAAUCCGCCUGUGAGGCCAAGGGCUUCACUUACGCUGGCAUAGAAUAUGGUACCCAAUGCUUCUGCGGUACGGCCAUCAUGAACGCUGGUGCUUCCAUCGAUUCGUCAAACUGUAACACAGUAUGCCCUCAGGCUAGUGCUGAGGUCUGUGGUGGAUCGAACGCUCUUAGCCUGUACCAGGUUGUACCUAUCUGGCAGAGCAUUGGUUGUUACUCCGAUACUACCCUCAAGCGCACUCUUGCCCAUUCAUUCAAUGUUCCGGGUAACAAUGUUGAGAAGUGCCAGGGUGUCUGCCAAGACAAUGGAUAUAUCUAUGCUGGUAUGGAGUAUGGAAGCCAAUGCUUCUGUGGCAACACUAUUGAUAAUGGCGCUACGCUUACUUCGGGAUGUGGUACCGUGUGUUCCGGGAACUCGGGGGAGAUCUGUGGUGGUUCUAACUCCCUGAGUAUGUAUUACCGUUUUGAAUAG